GCCGAAGAUGUCGGCUCGGUCAUGUGAUCAGUUGUGUCCAAUCACAGCUGAUCACCUGUAAACACGGAAAUGCCAGUUAUCAGCAUUUCUCUCCUCUCGAGCUGUCACGCUGACAGCUCGAGAGGUGAGGAGAGCCGGGGACAUGUACACUGAUCAUCAGGGCAGUAGCCCCAGCAGUGCCACCUGUCAGUGUCCAUCAGUGCCAGCAGUCAAUGCUCAUCAGUGCCACGUGCCAGUGCCCAUCAGUGCCACAUCAAUGCCACAUAUCAGUGCACAUCAAUGCCACAUAUCAGUGCCCAUCUGAGCUGCCUUUCAAUGUCAGUGCCCCAUCAGU